AUGAGUUUUUAUACUGCUGACGAACCUGCAGACGGCCUCUUGGCACAGGCUGGCAUAAAUUGGUCGCCUCACCAACAGACUUGGGCAAAUCCCCAGUUUCUAACUACUGUCAGGGCUACGUCUAAUUCCAGCUGUUAUACAGCACCGCUCACUCCUACGCGCUCUGUUGUCCCUGGACAACCUGUUCUGCAAUACACCAUUGAGCGCCAGCAAUUAGAGAGACCACCAUCUGGUCAACAUCCGGAACCAAAUUUGCAGUUUCCAACCAAUGCUCCCGCGGUUCCACGCGGUGAAUCAUACGCCCAGCGCCUGUAUGCCAGCUCGUUUAGCGAGCAGUUCAAAGUCCAGACCCAGCAGCAGCCCCUCUUUUCUGGACUUGGAGAAUGUCCAGGUAACCAAGUUCCGGCUGGCCCACGGGCUCCUUAUGAUGCCAGAACAUCUCUUCUGCCGAAUACGGGUCAUAACGACAAUCCUCAAACUGCUUCAGCCCUUGAUUUCUACUAUGGUACUGUUUCAAAACUUGAUCCUGAGUCACCGGUACCUGACCCAGGCACCAAUUCCUCAGGAGCUCCACGCCCCCAGUCAGCCACAGGUUCCGCUCCAAGUUUGGCCCAUUCCUCAGUUCCCAUUCAGGCAGCCCACGGCCUGCAAUCAUCCACUAGGCGUAGCCCAGUUACAGUGGAUAUCUCCGACGGGUCUCUACCAUCGCCAGCUGCUGAUCCCCGAUGGCCAAGUCAGGCGGGGUUGCACAGUAGGAGCCCAUCCAGUACAAUGCAUGCGAUACCAGGCAGGUCGACAUCAUCAGACCUCCCUCUGCGGCCUGAGAGCGUGAACAGUGUUAUAGCUUCACCUGUUCCACCGGAGACAUUCCCAAGGGUGUUUAGCCCAUAUUCGGAGGAUUAUCCAACAGGUCCAGCUUACGUGGCUGUGACUACUUCUAACCUGGAGUCCAUGACUCCGCCUAGUGAUCCCUUGCCUGCACCUACACAGAUUGAGAGCCUUGAUGUCGGUGGUUCCGAAGAAGUACCGUUAUAUUCCCUCGUUGACGAGGAACCUCCUCCCCCAGACUUCGACGAGUCGCAAUCCAUGUGCGGCAUGACCAAGGCGAGCAUGUAUUAUGCUGAAUCGCCCAUAGUGCUACCACGUCCUGCUGUGUCCUCACCACACGAGUCCGAUGCUGUACCUGGGGCCGUACCUUCAUCAAGUGCAGAUACUCCCUCAUUCAUUGGGGCUCCUCACACACUUUCUCCAGCACCACUUUUGGGAUCUCCGCGAACCUCGCUGGCUAUGCCAGACGUAAUGUCAUACCCUACGGGGAGAGUACCGGAGGAUGUUAAGGAGAAAUUGUAUGGUUACUUUGCAAAGGACUUGAUGCCUGACAAGUCAUUAUCGCACCCGUCCAUGGAGGCUUCAUCGUCAUCUCGCACACAAUUCCGACCGGUAGUUUCAAACAGGCAACCUAGGUAUAACACCAUUCCUCAGGACAUGCCACAUCCUCCUAUUUCUCCAGCGGUCCCGCCACUCAAUGACGCCUCUGCGGAGGCCUUUUCUACAGCACCAUUGCGUGCUCUUCCACCGAGGCGUCCUGUAGCUGCUUCACCAGCACCCAUCGCAACAGCACCAUUAUCUACUCUUCCACUGAGACGUCCUGGAACUUCUACACCAGCAUCAAUCACAGCAGCGCCAUUGCGUGCUCUUUCACCGAGGCAUCCUGUACCUUCUACACCAGCACCCAUUACAGCAGCACCAUUGCCUGCUCCUCCACCGAGGCAUCCUGCUCUUCCACCGAGGCGUCCUGUAGCGUCUACACCUAGCGCCCGUCGUAACUUUCACACCUUCACCCACGAUGCCUGCGCGUCCUCAGACAUUAAACCCAAGGUCAUCACAUAUGAAUCCGGGCAACCUUAG